AUGGGCUUGUUCAGGCAUGACGCGGGAGACGUGGUUGACGCCUCGCACUCCGCAAAGGCCAACACGUACAACUUCUCCGUCGUCUUCUUCAGCGCGCUCGGUUCCUUUACGUAUGGGUACAACUCGUCCAUCAUCGGUUCCGUCUUUGGUUUGCCCGCGUUCUGGGACUAUUUUGACCUUUCUCUCACGGGGCCCAACGCCAACAAGGGAAAUGACAUGAUCGGCGCUGCCAAUGGUCUCUUCGCCGGGGGUGGCAUUAUCGGUGCUCUUAUUGUCAACUGGAUUCUCAACAAACUCGGUCGCUGCAGAUCUAUUCAGAUCGUCUGCACCAUCUGCGUUAUCUCGGCUGCGAUUCAAGGCGGGGCGGCUCAUAUUGCCAUGUUUCUCGUUGGGCGUUUCCUCAAUGGUGUCGGUGUUGGCAUGAUCCAAGUCACGGUGCCUGCAUACAUGUCGGAGCUAUCGCCAGCAAAGCAACGAGGUCGAAUGACAGGUUCACACGGCGUUCUGGUCGUCUGCGGCUACGUGACUGCCGCAUUUACCGGUCUUGGCUGCUACUUCGCAGCGCCCCAAGUCCAGUGGCGACUAUGUCUCAGUCUGCAGAUUGUCGCGCCCCUGGUCCUCCUCAUCGGCUCGCCGUGGCUGCCUGAAUCGCCUCGAUGGCUCAUUUCGAAGAACCGGGAGCUGCAAGCGCUCGAGAUCCUCCAAAAACUGCACUCGCGACCAAACGAUCCCGCCGGGCUGGCGGCCAAGGAGGAGUUCUACCAGAUCUCGAAGCAGAUCGAGCUGGAGAACGCGACGGGUGUGCACGGGAUCUGGGGCAUGCUCAAGCGCGCCUCGUAUCGCAAGCGGAUAUACUCGGGUCUCCUGGUGCAAUGCGCUGCUCAGUCGACUGGCGUCUUGGUCAUCAACAACUAUCAAGUGCUGCUGUACAACAAUCUCGGUCUGUACGGAUGGCUCCCGUUGCUCCUGUACGCCAUCUACACGUCGUGGGCGGCGUUCAUGAACUGGAUCAACGCCAUGCUGCUUGACCGGCUAGGCCGGAUCCCCAUCAUCACCUUCGGCCUGAGCGGCUGCAUCUGCAUGAUGAUCAUCGAGACGGCCAUGGUGGCCACGUACGCGGGGACCGACAACAAGGGCGGCAACGCCGCGGGUGUUUUGUUCCUGUUCCUCUUCGUCACGUUCUACGGUGGCAGCCAGGACGCCAGCAGCUACGUGUACUGCAGCGAGAUCUUCCCGACUGGUGUGCGCGCCCACGGACUGGGCACCUCGAUCGCCGGUCUCUUCGCCUCGACGCUGCUGUACACUGAGGUCGCGCCGACCGCGUUCGCCGACAUUGGAUGGAAAUACUACCUCGUCUUCAUCCUCGUGCCGGCAGCCUGCCUUCCGUUCCUGUGGCGCCUCCCCGAGACAAACGGCCUCUCGCUCGAAGAGAUUGCCGCAAAGUUCGGCGACGAGGUUGCCGUCGACCUGUCCCAUCUCGACGAGGAGCGGCGACGCGCGCUCGACGAGCGUCUGUUGGCAGUCGGGGUCAAUAUCGGUAGCACGCCUUCGAGCGAGAACGAGGCUGAGGGUAAAGUGACCGUGGUGGCUGACCAUCAAGAGGCGGUCUUGAAAGGUGAAUGA